GCACUGAAGAGGAAAACCGAGUCCAUGGAUUCUGUUGCUUCUAAGAAGAGACGUGAGGUCAAUGUUACUAUGCCUGGUAAGUUGAGGCCAGGAACUGUUGGGACGGCGGUAGAGGAGAAAAAAGAUGAGGCUGUUCGUGCAACACCCGCCGGGAAGGUUGUUAAUUUUUUCGUCUCAAAGGGAUUUUCUGUGAAGGGAUUACAAAAAGGAACUGUAGAUCAAAAUACAGCUACAAGGCCGUUAAAACGAAAGGGCGACGAUGCGGUUCCUGCCCCUGUUAAAUUGCUAAAGGUGUCUACAUUUAACUGCGUUUGUUCAUUUGAUCUUGUUUCAAGGGAUUUAGUACGGCUCACAGUUUUUUAUAAUUUUAAGGAAGCAGAUGAAAGAAAUGUUGUUGCUGAAGAGCAGCGUCGAAUAAAGGAACGUAACGAGAGGACACUGUUUAUACAUGGUUUUAAAAGAGAGCAUGUCCAUGAUUCUGACCUUAAAAGUUUACACCCUGACAUCGUGUCGAUUAGGCGUCCCUACAAGAAGAAUUUCGCUUGGUUAGUGUUUUCGUCUACAGAAGCACUUGAGAAAGCCUAUGAACCAAUUUCGAAAGCGAAAGUUAAGGGUAGCAGUAUCACAGUUGAUUACUGUGGUUCGAGAAGUAAGAAAGCAAACGAGGUUAAGCAGUUUAAUAAAGGUCCAAUUAACCCUUUGGAGCUUUAUGUGGCUGGUUUCCCUGCGUCAACUUCGAAGGAUGUUAUCAAAGUAAUAUUCCGGUCUAUGAAUCGGCACUUUUCACACAUCGCCUGUCGUUGUUUCAUGUUAAACUUGUUUUGUUUUGUUCAGUUUGGCAAUGAGGAUGAUGCAAAGGCAGCUUUUGAAAAAGGGAAGUCUUUGAAAAUAGGUGGCGUUCCAGUUGAUGUUUUUUACGCAAGGCUCGGAAAUAAAGGUGAGUCUUUCUUAAGUUUGGAGUUGUGUAUUGUAUACUCGCACUGCUUACCUAUUAACAGGCGGGCUGAGUAA